AUGAAGUCCUCUAACAUAUUACUUCAUGCACUCCUCCUCUUACUGGUGCUGUGUUCUUUCACUACAUGCGACGCGCAGUCUCGGGUUCACCAUUUGGAAAUGGUCCAAACAUGGCCCAACACUUUCUGCCAAUCUACUCGAUGUGCCACACCAAUUCCUGAUAACUUCACAAUCCAUGGUUUAUGGCCAGCAGCGAUAGAUGGACACAGCCUGAAAAAUUGCAACACCACAUACAACCAAAGCUCAACAUAUUACCAGGGCAUAAGAGGAGAUAUGGAUAAGUACUGGCCAUAUCUCAAGGGUAAGACACCUAAGCAGAACGAGAACUACUGGUGGUACCAAUGGACCAAACACGGUUGCUGUCAAAAAGAGUUCCAACCCCAUGAUUACUAUAUGAAGGCUAUCAAACUAAAGAAUGACAUCAGUCCUCUCAAGAUCCUCGGAGAUUCAAAUAUACUUCCGGGUUCGUCCAAGCCUUACACAAAAAAUGCCAUUUUUAAAGCUUUUGCAAAGGUGAUCGGGAUCGGCAAUAAAAUUUGGCUUACAUGCCACAAAAAGAAUGGCCAUUUUAUGCUUAAGGAGGUAUAUGUAUGUUUUGACCCUAAAGGAAAUAGCCCCGUCUCAUGCACAUGGACGGCUAAAGCGAGGACAUGUGGGAACGGAACUAUCCUAUUCCCUUCCCCUGAGGUCGGUUCUUGUGACCUCUUUCGUUUUCUACUAUCUAUCUCUUAA